GGCCGCUGCUGCUGUUCUUGCUACCGCCGGCUUAUAUGGUUGGGGAGGCGUUGAAUCGCUUUUAAAAUCGUUCAUGUGUGGUGCGAGCGCUGUGGUUGGCGAUUGUUUCAAGUGAAGCCCACAGCGAGUGGGCGCUGAAUCGUAAUCCCUGUGCGACGAGGCUGUUAGUUGUUCAAUGUCGUUUGUGUGGGAAAGCAGUAGUAGGAGAUCGGUUUAAUCCGCUUUCUCAGCUGUGUGUAUUUUGUAAAGAAAAAUGUGUAUUGUAAGGUGGUAAUGAUCAUGCUGCUGUCGCUGCUUGUCGAUGUAUUGUUUACAACGAAGCCGCUGUCGAACGCAGCCGUAGGCCAGCGGACGGCCCGUUCCGCUACUUCAGUUUUGCCAGGAUCGUACCAAACUGACAAAGAGGCAUUCUCAUGUGACUUAGGAAGAACUUUCGAGUAGAAUACGUUUUACAUUAUGUAAGAUAAGGUGGAAGGGAAACAGAUUCGUGUGCUCGAGAUAACUCGUAAAGAACGCGUGCAGAUCUGGUGAGAUUGUGCCUUUCUGCGAAUACAGCUUAUCCUCGAGCUAGAACCAUGUCCUAGCGGAGGUACAGGACGAUUAGUACAGCCUCUAGAAAACAAAAGUCACGAAAGAGUAGAACGAGCAUCGAUUGUAAAUAGGACAAAUAGGUGGUGUAUUUACAAUAACGUUACAUUUGAACGGUGGAAAAUAAUUGCGUAUUUGCGUUCCGUAUGGUAACGUUCGCCUUCAAGUUGCUUGCCAGCUGUGUUGGAUUUUUUAGAGCUCAGUCGACGAUUUUGGCAGGAUUCACAUUUUACGGGACCGCUACAUGAUUAGAGAGGAGUGAAAAUCGGCGAAUAUCGCACACAAUGAUGCUUUUGCACUGAGUGUCCAGAAAAGGAAGAACUCCGAACGCGGCAAGAAGCUGUCGUGACCAGCCUUUUAUCAACGUGCUAGUGUAUUUGAAUGUGUCUCCAGAACUGACGUAGGCAAGGAAGAGCAUUAGUGUAUGAACAAAAAAUGGAGCAUUUUAUAAAGGGCGGAGCUGCUGCUUCGGGCGCGGCCCUUUUCACGAAUCCGCUAGAAGUUGCCAAAACCCGAAUUCAGUUACAAGGCGAAUUGCAAGCUCGAGGCCAGUACCCUGUGCACUACAGAAACGUCUUUCACGCUUUAUUCACGAUUGCGCGACAUGAUGGUAUUCGGGCUGUACAAAGUGGACUCGGGCCCGCACUCUGCUAUCAGUUUUGUCAAAAUGGUUUCCGUCUAGGCGUCUUCAGCAUACUCGAGGAUCUCGAUUUGACGAAAAACGGCGACGGGACGGUCAGCCUCCCGCGAAGUGUUCUCGCUGGGGCAGUUGCGGGAAGCGGAGGCGCUUUCUUUGCCAGUCCUUUGUACAUGAUUAAAACUCAGCUUCAAGCGAAAUCAACUAAUGCGCUUAUCGCAGUCGGUUACCAGCAUAGACACGGUGGAAUUGUCACUGCGUUAUCAAAGGUGUGGGUCGCUGCCGGAUUAAAAGGUCUAUGGCGUGGUGCUGGUGCAGCGACUAUUCGCGUUAGUACCGGAAGUUCUGUCCAGCUGGGCACCUUCAGCAAAGUUAAAAGCGUUCUUGUACAAUACCUUCCGUCGAUGCAAGAGCGGACAACGCUGUGCACUUUCCUCUCAUCUUUGCUAAGCGGGACAGUAGUUUGCAUUAUUAUGACUCCAUUCGACGUCGUGUGUACUAGACUGUACAACCAAGGCGUCAACCCACAAACUCGCAAAGGCCUAUACUAUAACGGUUUCUUGGAUUGUUUCGCCAAAAUUCUUCGUUCUGAAGGCCCACUGGGAUUCUACAAGGGCAUAUCUGCUGCGUUCUUGCGAUGUGGCCCCCACACCAUCUUGACCCUGAUGCUUUGGCAAACCCUUCGCGAUAUAAAUGUGCCGCCCCCUUCGACCGUAAUUAGUCUGUCCCCUCCAGCAAAACUAGCCGGCUAAAUAAAAUUCUUAUUCUAGUAUUUCACUACUUUACCAUAUGUAUGUUAGGCUGUCGAAGAGCUUAGCUUUUAAGUUAAAUAUGAGUUGCGAAAAUUGAGAAGACUGACAUGUUAGUAGCCAUGAUCUAGCCAAAGAACUAAGCGGUUAAGAAAGCUAGUUACAGAAAAAGCUCGAUGUUUGGAUGGCACACGAAUCGACACAAGGAAGCUUACUCGAUCUGUGAAGCUUCACAGAAAUGCAACAAAAUGGGGUCAUUUCUAAAGAGACUGAUGACGAGCGAUGUGAAGUCAAUCACAUACGACCAUGUGCAGAAGAUGCUAUGUGUAUUUGAUGGGAUUGAAAAGGUGUUGUGACUUACGAGUUGGCGCCGCCUCACGAGACGAUUGAUUAGGGCGCUUAUUGUUAACAACUAGGAACGUUACAAUAAGCCAUUGGAAAGAAUCGAACGGAAAUGAUGAACAUAAAAAGCGUUGUCUUCUACCAUGACACUGUCAGACCGCAUGCAUCUUUAAUUGCCCAGCAAAAAUUGAGGUAACUUAGAUCGAAAAUCUUAAUGCAUCUGCGGCAGAAGCCGGACUUCGCACCGGUGGAGUAUCAUCUGUUUCAAUCUCCGUGGAGUUGUUUCAAUGGUGUGAAUUUCGUUUCAAUGAAGGGCUGAAAAAAUCACUCGUCAGACGUCUUAUCGCCCAAUGACCAUAGAAAUUUUACGGUAUUAGGAUUUUGGCAUCACCAGAAAAUCGUAGAAUAUCGUCGACCAAAAUGGUGCAUAUUUAGUGUAGUAAUAUUAUUUUAAAACGUAAAAUUGUUUGCUUUCAUUACAGCGCAUAAUAGUUGAAUUGUCUUAGUAAUAGUUGAACUUAUCGCAUAAACACAAAAAAAAUUUUAAUCUGCAUCUAUAUGCAGGUUUGGUAUUUUUGUUUUGGGUCUCCGCGCAUUCGCAGAAGAGAUAAAGAAAGGAGGCUUUUCAGUGAAAAAGGCACGACCGCGCGUAGAGGAUGAAGGCAAGCGGUGGUUUAUAGCGGAAGAGCGAUAUAAAAACUGCCGCUCAAAAAUUAUUCUUCGUCAAUAUCAACAUCGAUUUUGUACUCUCUGGUCCGUAGAUGACAGGGACGAUCCAUAAGGGCGGCUUUAUAAUACACACUAAUCGACAAUGAUGAUUAUCAAUUAAUUAUUAGUAUUCUAAUGACAGUUAUUCAUGCAUGAUAGUCUACUCUUCCCUGUACUAGGUGAACUGUACACGUGAACGGAUCAAUAGACUGUGAUCAAUCGUUAAAUGACCAAGGUAAACUGUACAUAAAGGGGUGGAGAAGAAUUCAUUUAGUAAUGCGUAUUUCUAGAUAGUAAAAGAAACUGUGUAAUAAUCAUAGCUUGCGUAAUUAUAAAAAUUAAAUGAAAAAUAAUGGAAGGGUGAACGGAGGUAAUGUUGAAAGGCCUAAAUUAGACCUUAACACCUACGGAUAUUUCACUAAUAAUACACAAGCUAGCAUUGAGUUGGAUGUGAUCGGAAAUCCGUGAAGCUUGUAGAAAAUAAUUAUUCAUUUAAGAAGUCUUAUUAAACGUUUCCUGUUGCCGGCAUAAACGGUUGUCAGUUAAAGAAAUUGCUUUAGUUUUUAAUAGCUUAACUCUUCAAUGCCUAAUUAAAUCAUUAUUAUUUCUUUGUUAGAACAGUACACCCUUCUGAAAAAAGGGCGAUUUCAGCUGUACGUCAAAUACAUUGCUAUUUUUUUCCUUGUAAUAAUGAUUUGUAAGAAAAACACAAAGGUAAUGUUCUUCUUAUUUAAAGAACACUUAACUAAAAAUCUUUAUUCUUUAAACAUACAGGUCAAUAACAUGUACAUAGUAUAUAUAGUGAUGCGGGAAAUAUAGAAAUAAAGAAAAAAUGUUUUUAACUAAUCCUAGAUUAUUUGUUCCUAGGAGUCAGUUUGUCAUGAACUGUUUCUCUGUUUGUGGUUGCUAAACAUAGCAUGUGAUCUAAAAAGGAAGGAAAUAGAUCGCUUAUUAAGACGGCAAUACUGUGGUUUCUUUCCUCAUUCCUAACAUCUGUGCAGGAAAAAUGCACUCGGAGGAGGUACUGCUUCAUUGUCCCAUCAAGCAUCCGACAGGCUUGUUUGUUGUGAAGUGAUACGUACAUUGAUAUUUGACAAAUGAUGAUUUGACAAAUAGAUCAGCUGGGUACGACCUAUUUGAUAGAUAAUCGUGUGUGAUAAUAAACUGCCUUACUGAACAAAAAAUAUUCUACUAUUGUCACUUAAAACAGGGAUUUAGCCAAGCAAUGAAAUCAAGAGCCAGUUAUUCAGAUUUCCUAUUUAGGGACAUAUGUCGCGAUUUCAGUUUGCCGAUACGUGUCCCAUUUCAGUGUUCUUCUAGGGAUAAGGGCUGCAUGUUAUUUGCUGCCUUGAACCCGACAAAAAGGAUUCAGCCUACUGUGAUGUAAUACUGCCGGGUCCUUCCUCUGCACUCUGAGCGCUGUAACAUCAACUCAGUCAGCUAGAUAAGCUUUAAAUUCCUCGAAUCUACCUAUUACCUGGAUAUGCAUCUCAAAAAAUAUUUGAAGGCUUACAAAUGGACCGAACUUUAUGACAUCUGCUUCCCAGUUUUGUGGACUAACCUUGUAUUCUUUGCAUCUUUAUCGUCGUUGCGCGACUUCAAUGUCCAUGAAAUAUAAAUAGUAAUAAUUAAGAAAGAAAAAAUUAUUUGGUAAUAAGCGAAGGAAGGGGUGUAUGA